AUUAGUUGGUUGUAGUUCAACUGUUUUGCUAUUAUUUGUUGUUUUGUUAUCACUGAUUAUCUCUUGUACUUUCAUUACGUCUUUUUCUAGUCUAUUUUUGUCUUUGGCCGAGAGUCUAUCGGAAAUAGCCUCUCGACCUCACCUCUGAGGUAGAGGUAAGGUCUUCGUACACUCUACAGUUUACCCUCCCCAAACCUCACUUUGUAGGAAUACAUUGGGUACGUUGUUGAUAUUAUUUAGUCAGAUAGCCUGCAAAUGUGAGUGAGUUUUUGGGAGGGAAUGCAGUGCAAGUCUUAACCACUAUGAAGUUUAUGACUCUCUUAUCAAUUGCUACUUGAAUUGGGGGUUGUCCUAAUACAUUUUUAUCAGGUCCUAGUUAGCAGCUUGUCAAAGUGUCCAACAAGAAGCUAUAAGGAAGUUACAUUAGUGCAGAAUCUUUCAAAGAUACAAUGCACAACAUCUUUUUGGGGGUAGGGGAAGCGGAAAUGGGGGAGGGGAUUAUAAGGUGGGGAAUCAAACCCUCACCAACAAGAUGAAAGUUCAGAGAGCCAACCAAGUGAGCUACCAAGAUUCUCCCAAUGCAGAACAUCUUAUUACUUGCACUUCUAUUUUUUUUUCUUUUGAUAAAGCAAUAAUCUUAUUAAUGUGGCUAAACUUCUGUGUACAAGUAAUUCAUCAAAAAGUAGAGAAACCUACAAACUGUCAGAGAUCUAAUGGAUGAAGAUUAACCAAAAACAGGAGGUUAUUCCUCAAAUCUAGAAAGUUAUCAUCAACUAUUCCAUGUUUUCCUUCCAAAGGAACCAUAUAAGGGCUAAAGGGGCUAUUUCCCAUGUCCUAUGCCCUCUUUCCUUCUUCUAAGGUCCAUCUGUGUAACAGGUCCUUUACUGUGCCCAACAUUAUCCACUGUACGUGCUCAGGACCAGCUUCCAUUCACCACAACCGGGUAACGCAUGAAAAUGCCAUAGUAGUUCGUCCAGAUAUUUGCGCAUCUAUACAUAAAGCACCAUCCCAUAGCAUUAGUAUCAUUCCUGUAUUUUCGUGUUCUUAGAUUUAUUUGUUAGUACCAGCUGUUUCUUUAGCCUUGAUCAUUGUAUUGCUUUUUGUUAUUUUGGUUUGUUGCUACUGCCUUCUUUUGCAUCUUUAUUUGAGCCAAGGGUCUCUACCUUCAAGGAGGUAGGGAUAAGGUCUGCGUAUACACUACCCUCUCCAGAUCCCACCUGUGGGAUUACACUGGGUUUUUUGUUGUUGUAUACAUAAAGCACCAACUAACAUGCAUGAUCUUCCUUUUUUCCUCCAGUUCUUAGCGGCCAAGAUGACCCCUUUUAUUGCCAACCAUGCAAAGAACACACACAUUCCUUUGUGCCCUAGGGAGUCCAGCCAAUAGAAACCUUUUUUCAUGACUGCAAAAUUGUAUGCCUCCAUAUGCUAUCAGGAGGACUUUCUUUAAUGGAUAUUGAACCUGCCUACAAAAUGGAGAGCAUAAGAACAGUCCAAGAUAUUCAGCAUGAAUUUUGGCCUCUUGAUGAAAUAAAUCCAGAGAAUGCUAAGUUCCCCUGUUGUUUAGUUUGGACUCCUCUACCAGUAGUCUCAUGGUUGGCACCUUUCAUUGGACAUGUAGGAAUAUGCACAGAGGACGGUUCUGCCGUGGCCUUUUCUGGUUCCAACUUUAUUAAUGUUGAUGAUUUUGCGUUUGGUUCUGUGGCCAAAUACCUUCAAUUAGACAGAAAAAAGUGCUGCUUUCCGCGAAACCUUGCUGCGCACACAUGCAAGCAUUGCUAUAAACACACAGAGUUUGGGUCUGCAAUUACUUGGGAUGAUGCCAUCCAAUCAAGUGUUCGUCAUUUUGAGCACAAAUCGUACAAUUUAUUCACGUGCAACAGCUAUUCUUUUCUUGCGAAUUGCCUGAACAGGCUCUGCUAUGGUGGAUCAAUGGAUUGGAACAUGAUCAAUGUUGGGGCUCUUUUAUUGUUCAAAGGACAUUGGGUCGACAACAUCUCAAUCUUGAGAUCAUUUUCACCUUUUAUGCUAGUUGUAUGCUUUGGCAUUUUCAUGGUGGGAUGGCCUUUUUUGGUAGCAUUAUUGGCUUUCUCCCUUCUUCUUUUAGCAUGGUUUAUUUUUGCUACUUACUGUCUCAAAAAUGUGUUGGAUUCCUAGGCUUCUUGUAUUACACAGCUACAACAUUAAAAUUUAUUGAUCCUUAAUAUGCUUAGAGUUC